AUGGGAAAGACUGGACUAACGUAUCGUUUGAAGUCUACGUGUUAUUUUUUUCAAGUAGGUCGACGGCAGCUCCGUGAAUGGAGAGAAACAAGCAGCAGACGAAGUGAAGAAGUCGUAGAAUUGUGGGAACACGUUGUAAGUCGCUCACCAUCAUUCCUUGGCGAUGAACUGUGGAUGGUGUACGAGCAGGUUUGUGUAGCUGCUCUUGACUGCGCCAGGCUAGAUUUAGCCGGCGAAUGCAUAUCGGCCCUGAAUCGGCGUUUUCCUAAAAGUAAUCGCGUUUUGCGACUCCAGGCGAUGCAUCAUGAAGCGGCUGAGCAAUUUGAUACUGCCAUGGCAUUAUAUGAGCGACUUAUAGGAGAAGAUCCCACCAAUAAUUCGUUUCGAAAAAGGAAAGUUGCAGUCCUGCUAGCGCAGGGGUUGCGUUUGGAAGCUAUUCGUGAGCUCAACGAUUACCUCAAGAUAUUUCUUAAUGACUCAGAAGCAUGGCUUCAAUUAAGUGAGCUCUUUCUUGCUGAGUCAGACUUUGCAAAAGCUGCACACUGCUUGGAAGAGUGUGUUUUAGCAGCCCCCCUCAACACCUUGUAUCUUCGACGUUUGGCGGAUAUUCGUUAUACUCAGGGCGGCCAAGAAAACAUUGAACUCGCUAAGGCUUACUAUGAACAAGCAGUCAAGCUCAACCCGUCAGAUUUGCGAGCUUUAUAUGGGAUCGUUAUUGUAAGAUUCGAAUUCCAUAAUCACCUUGUAUCGCACUAUGUAUAG